AUGCAUUCUAUCAAAAUCCAACAUGAUGAUUCUACUAAAGACCUUAUUAGUCAAUUGCCUGAUGAACUUGUUCAUCAUAUUCUAUCUUUUCUACCGACGAAGGAUGUAGUAAGCACUUCUGCAUUAUCCACAAGAUGGCGAUACUUAUGGACUUCGUUUAGUAUUGUUAAUUUUGAAUUCUACGCAUGGAAAGAGAAGCAGCAAGAACGUCCUAGUUUCUUGAAUAAAGUUCAGAGAGAGCUUCUCAUUCCUGACACUGCACGUAUAAGAAAAUUUCAUCUACACUCCGAUUGUGCCAUUCGUUUUUCUCAAAUACUAACUGUAAUGUCCAUGGUAUCUAAAGUAGUUAACCACCAAGUUGAAGACCUUGACCUGUCUAUUCCACAUCAUUUGGAACCCAAUUUGUUUUCCUUUCCUCAUGGCCUUUUUACUUCCGAGUUAUUGAUUUCUUUGAAGUUACAUAUGACCCAAGUUUCCUUAAAUAAUUUCCCAACCUCCAUAUGCUUGCCAAGGCUUAAGACCUUAUAUCUGGACUACAUUAGAUUCCAGGAUGAGCAUUCUGCUCAGUUACUUCUUUCUUCCUGUCCUGCUCUUAAAGAGUUAUAUCUAGAUAACUGUGAUUGGAGCCAAAAGACGGACAUCACGAUUUCCAUUCCCACCCUACUGGCAUUAUCUAUUAUUUUCUUCGACGAUAAUCCUCCAGAUAUUUCAAUAAAGAUUUGUACCCCAAAUCUUUUAAAGCUUUGCUACACAAGUUCUUUGCAAGUUGAACUUAUACCUAGUGACCUAUCUUCUGUGAUUCGUGCUGAAGUUGAUGUUUUCGGUUGGUUGACUUAUGACCAACGACUUCGAGUUCAGGCUGCUCAUCGCACGCUUAAAUUAUUACAAGGAAUAUAUGGGGUCAAAUUUCUUGAACUAUCAUAUGAUACACUUCAGGCCAUCUCAUUUGCAGGAAAUUUCCAAGCUAAUCAUCUUCCUACAUUUUACAACUUGACCGAUUUGAUUGUAAAUUUCAACCUUUCUAAUCGUGAUGGAGCUGCACUGAUGCAUGUUCUUCAAAAGUCACCAAAUCUACAAUCUCUACAUUUUUCCCAAGGAUUUGAUGAGGAAGAUCAGGAGAAUGUGGUACCGGUUAAAGAUAACUCGAGAAUGCUAAAGUUUUGGAGUGGUUUUCAGUCCAUUGCUCAGAAGAUCUAUCAGAAGACCUGGGAAAGAAUGAAGGGAUAAAAUGUGAGUUAAGGCAGCUGUUCAGCUCAUAUUGUGUGUAUGUGUUCAUGUAGAAGUAGUGCUGUGUUAUAAGCUUUGC